UUCAACGUCUCUUCAUCCACAGCCUCUCUGGCCACAUCCUGGCAACACUACCCAUUAGCUUAAAGUCUGUGGAAGAUUCAGUUGAAAAAGGUCCUCACUAAGAUUUGGGCAUUUCUGACUAGUGCAUCAUGAGUACCUUUGGGUACCGAAAUGAGCUGAAGAAGUAUGAAUCAGUGGAUGAAGAUGAGCUGUUGGCUGGCCUGUCAUUUGAGGAGAUUCAGGAGCUGGAGAGGGAACUUGCUGACAUUGACCCGGACGACAAUGUACCAAUUGGGCUGAGGCAGAAAGACCAGACUGCCAAGACACCUACAACUACUUUUUCCAGAGAGGCACUGUUAAAAUACUGGGAGGAUGAGACACGCAAACUGCUAGAGGAUGACAGAUCUGAAUCAUCCUCCAAACAGGACAUCAUGGAGGGACAGACUGAUUUUGAGUAUGAGGACAAUAAUGAGGAAAGCCAAAAUGGAAUGGAGGAGAAUGGUUCAACUAAAGAGGAAAAAAGGGACAAAUGCAAAAAGGAGUCUUCGUCUAUAUCUGGUACAUAUAAGCUGAAUGUUGUUGACCACCUGCCUGCAAUAAAUCCAGGGAAUGCUUUUAAAAAGGGUGACUUGAAGAUGACAACCACAGACAAAAAACUAAAUGUGACUCCAGACAGACCUUGCGGAAACCCUACUAUGAUUGACGAGGCCCUUGACCAGACCCUUCGGGAUGAUCCCACGAUGAGUGAGCUCAACCUCAACAACAUUGAAGACAUCUCUCAGGAGACCUUGCUGCGUUUCUCUGAAGCUCUGUGUGCCAACACACAUGUACGCAUUUUCAGCCUUUCCAACACCCGGGCUGACGACCGGGUUGCUUUCGCUGUCUCCAAGAUGCUUCGGGAAAACAGCUCCAUCACCAACCUCAACAUUGACUCCAACUUUGUGUCCGGCCGCGGCAUUUUGGAGCUUUUGGCAUCGCUCCAACAAAACAGCACCCUGGUGGAGCUGCGCUUCCACAACCAGAGGCAUAUUUGCGGGGGCCAGGUUGAGAUGGAGAUGGUUCGACUCCUAAGGGACAACACCACCCUCCUCAAGCUGGGCUACCAAUUUGAUCUACCAGGCCCAAGGAUGACAGCCACCAGUAUUCUGACCCGCAACCUGGACCAACAGAGACAAAGACGACUGCAAAAACAGAGGAAGCAAGUCCAUCCUGAAGCAACAGUCCACACCCAGGCCGAUUCUGGGCCAACCGGUCUGGUUUCUGUAUCGCCUCCUUCAAACAAAUCAACUUGUUCCUCUACAAAACAUAAGCGGAAGGACCAAACCCCAAACAACGGCCCUUCUCCAACUACCCUUACUCCAGUCCUUGGCCUUGAGUCUGAUGGAAAUGCACCAACCAGGAAGAUUGCAGAGAUGAUUAAACAAAAUGAAGGGAGCACUAAGUAUCAGUUGGGCCAAAAGAAACCCAAAUCCAAGAGGGGUAAGAAUGGGGCCAACAAGGAAAGCUCUGAUAUUCUCAAGGAGCUGAAGAAUGCCUUGCAGCCUUCUUCAAGAAAGACAAAAGACAACCCAUCCUGUCCACUAGCGCCUCAGAGGUCGGCUCGUGAUGAUUUGAUGGCUGCCAUUCGUGGGAGCAGCAUUAGAUCACUCAGAAGGGUGAAUCUCCAGUAAGGUUGAUGUUAGUGUUGGGAGAAAGGAAUAUUCAACCUGAUCAAGACGUUUUGCACAAAUAGCGCACCUAGUUUUUGUACUGUAUUUAGAAGUUAUAAAGCAUUUGUAUCACCCUUAAAUUAAAUACAUAUAAUGGAAAAUCCAGUAAAACAUUUUUGUUUCUUGGAAAUGUUUUUGACUCAUGUUUAAAUUGUUAGUAUAUGAACUUGUGUUUUUUUUUACAUUGUUUACAUUUUUAGUAUUUGAUAUGUAAAUAUGUUUCAGUACUAAAUACUGUACUUGAUGUUAUGAGCAUGUUACGAGCCGGAGGCAAUUUAUAGAUUAAAG